GGGAAUCUGAGCCUCCGCCUGCAUGCAGCCCUGCAGAUAACUCCCUGCCCAAACUCUCUGCUGUUUGCUGCGGACUGCUGCUCGCUUCAGGUGUAGGAGAGUUUAGAGCUGCUGCAACCCCAUCACCUCCGGGUCUUCCGAGCGCGUAAACUGCGUCUUUCAAUCCAGCUCAACAGGAGGGAAAAGUUUUACUUUUACGCAUAAAAGCCGUCCAAACAAGGCGUUCCUCUGCGGGGCAAAAAAAAAGAAAGAAAAAAAAAAAAAGGAUUACGCAAGAGAAAGUGAUAUCUACCAGAGAGGCUCGAUUGGAGGAAUAAGCGGGAACAAAGAAAAACACAGAUUGAAGUUUGAGAAGGAGCGAGAGAAAACAUGUCUAAACCUAAUUACUCCGGGACUUAUCAUAUGGUGGAGCAGGAGAAUAUGGACGCAUAUCUGGCAGCUUUAGACAUCAAUAUCGCCCUGAGGAAGAUCGUGUUGCUGCUGAGGCCCACUAAGGAGAUCACCCACGACCUGGCCACGGGGGCCAUGAAGAUCCGCACCCUCACCACGUUCAAGAACUUCAUCAUGAACUUCACCAUUGGCAAAGAGUUCACCGAGGACCUGGGACCCGUGGACGGCCGUACCUGUCAGACUACAGUGAGCUGGGAAGGAGACAAACUUGUUUGUGUGCAGAGAGGGGAGAAAGAGGGCCGAGGCUGGACCCACUGGCUGGAAGGCAACAAGCUCCAUUUGGAAAUGAGAGUUCAAGGCAUCGUUGCCAAGCAAGUCUUCAAGAAGGCCGAAUGAAGUCGCUGCAGCGUACGGCCUCCGGUUUUAAAGUAGUCAGGCUGAACCAUGUUUAUAGCAUUUUUAUUAAAAUCAUACGCUGUUCAGAGAUCAUAAUAACACUAUAAAACACUGUUGAAUAUAUGUUCAGUGUGAUGGUAAUUAUUUAGAGAAGCAGAGCAAAAAAAAACAAACAAAGAACAAAAAA